UUGUCCUCCUAAAUGAUUACAGCAGCAGAGUAACCUUCAAGUGAUGUGCAGACUUUUAGCAGCAAUUUUAGAGCCAAAUGUUUUGCAGUAUAUUUAAACUAAAAGUGUUCUAUAUAGCCAGUGCCUGUAUGUUGUGUGGCGGGUGAUGCAUGUAACACAUACUGCGAGUGUGUGACUUGGCAGCACUGGCAAAGGCGGUGCAUGCUGUUGCAGUGGUGUAUCUGUGCUGCUGCUGUGCUCAUGGCUCAGAGGAGGGCUGCUGGUGGCUGCUGCUGCCCCAAGGCACCCAUGAAUGAAGACAAUGCCCGUUUCUGCCUCCUGGCUGGGCUCAUCCUGCUGUACUUGUUGUGUGGGGCGGCCAUCUUCUCAGCCCUGGAACACCCCUUUGAGCUCCGUGCCCGCCGCCUCUGGAAACAGCAGCUGGACAACUUCACCCAGAGAUACAGGGUCAACCUGGGUGCCCUGCACACUCUCCUGCGACAGUAUGAGGAAGCAAACGGAGUUGGGAUCAGAGUGGACACGCUUAGGCCCCGCUGGGACUUUUCUGGAGCCUUCUACUUUGUGGGCACAGUGGUCUCCACUAUUGGCUUUGGCAUGACCACACCGGCGACCAUAGCUGGAAAAAUAUUCUUAAUCUUCUAUGGUCUCAUCGGCUGUGCUGCAACCAUCCUCUUCUUUAACCUCUUCCUGGAGAGGAUCAUCACGAUGUUAGCUUACAUCAUGCGCUGGUGUCAUGAGCGUCGGCUAAGGUGUGCUGGAGUUGGGUUGGUGUCAAGCAGGGAGGAGUCGUCCGGUGAGGAGGACAGCCUGGAAGGCUGGAAACCGUCAGUCUAUUACGUGAUGCUGAUCCUGGGUGUUGCAUCGGUAGUGAUUGCGUGCAGUGCCUCCACUCUGUACAGCUCCAUGGAGAACUGGAGCUACGUGGACUCCCUCUACUUCUGUUUUGUGGCCUUCAGCACCAUUGGCUUCGGGGACCUGGUGAGCAGUCAGAGACAGCAGUAUGAGUCUCAGGAGGCCUACCGGCUUGGGAACUGCCUUUUCAUCUUAAUGGGGGUGUGUUGUAUCUACUCACUCUUUAAUGUAAUUUCUAUUAUCAUCAAGCAAACUCUAACCUGGAUCGUGGGUAAGCUGGUCUGCUCGGGGCGGCAUCGGCCCUGCUCCUGCUCUAGAAAUGGCUGCCGGUGGCUUUGCUGCCCCUGCCUGCAGAAAAAAAAUCCCAACCGCCUGCGUCCGCCUGCACACCUCAGACAAAAACGCUUAAAACGCAACACUGUGCAGCCCAUGUCAUCCCGCUGCCCUGCAGGAAGACACCUCUGCAGGGACGGCUCGGUGGAGACAGUGUGUGACAGUGAGACGGAUGCAGGUGCAAUGGCCGCGGGCCGGCGUCUGUCAGGAGAGAUGAUCUCCGUCAAUGAGUUCAUGGUGUCCAAUAGGGUGUCUCUGGCACUGCUGCAGAAGCAGCUGAGCGAAACAGCUCAUCAGGGCCCACGGCAGAGCUACGGCCAUCAAAAUGGAUUCUCUGGUGGUGUAGGGGCCUUGGCUAUUAUGAAUAAUCGCCUACAGGAAACCAGUGUGGAUAGGUAGCAUCACUGAGAUGUCAUUCUUGUAGUCAUUACUUUGAGCUCUCUAUAUUGGAGCCCUAAUCCAACCUUUUUCCUUACCGAGUGAUUUAGAGAAAAUCUAUCGUCUCUAUGACAAAACCAAAUUCUGAGAACAUAUUUUCCCUAUAACUAGCAUUUGUUCAGCGCCUCUCUGAGCAAUUUCAGUGGAAGUCUAUGCAGAUAAUAGUAGACCUCCACCGUGAAUUCUGGACAUCAAAUAAUUGACAUUUUACAUUUUGUUCUGCGUAGCAAAAGAGAGCAGAAAGACGAAUAGAAUUCAAAGAAUUCAACACCACUGUGAAGA